AUGUCAGGCCGCUGUCGCGAUAUGGUUGAGGAACGCACGCGGAGCAAGUCCGACCCCACCACUGCAUUCCAGCUCGCACCUUCCAUUGUGACCUUGCAGCAAGAGCAGCAGCAGCAGCAGCUUCCGUCUGGACCUCCCCCCGCCGCUCCCACCGUUCCUUCCAUUCCUCUUCCCGUCUCGCGAGCCGACCUCUACUCUCUCCACUGA